CGCGCCGCCCAGCGGCUCUUUGCCGCUGUGUGGAAGGCGGCAAUCCGCGCGUCACCGCGAGCGCGACGAGGGAGCGACGGUCGGGCUCUGAGGAUGCUGCUCUUUGGAGUUUAUUGCACUCGCUUAGGGAUCGUUUCUCAGAAUCAAGGAGUUAGAAGUAAGCUUUCAGAUAAGUGAGCCCCCCAAAAAGUGCCGCUUUUGGACUCGGAAGGGGAAAAUGGAGCUGUCAGGAAUGAAAAAGAAGAGUUUGCUAGGAAUCAAAGAAAAUAAUAAAAAGUCCAGCACUAGGGCUCCCUCUCCUACCAAGCGCAAGGACCGUACAGAAGAAAAGUCCAAGGACAGGUCCAAAGACAAGCCAGCUACAAAGGAGUCGAGUGAAAAGGAUCGCGGGCGCGACAAAACUCGCAAGAGGCGCAGCGCCUCCAGUGGUAGUAGCAGCACCAGGUCUCGCUCCAGUUCCACAUCCAGUUCUGGUUCUAGCUCCAGCACCGGCUCCAGCAGUGGCUCCAGCUCCUCCUCCGCGUCAAGCCGCUCUGGGAGUUCAAGCACCUCCCGCAGUUCCAGCUCCAGCAGCUCCUCGGGUUCUCCAAGCCCAUCUCGACAUCGGCACGACAACAGGAGGCGUUCCCGUUCAAAGUCUAAACCGCCCAAGAGAGAUGAAAAGGAACGGAAGAGGAGGAGUCCAUCACCGAAACCUACCAAAGUACAUGUUGGGAGACUCACCAGAAAUGUGACUAAGGACCACAUAAUGGAAAUAUUUUCCACUUAUGGAAAGAUCAAAAUGAUUGAUAUGCCAGUUGACAGACUCAACCCACACCUUUCAAAGGGUUAUGCAUAUGUAGAAUUUGAGAAUCCAGAUGAUGCUGAGAAGGCAUUGAAGCACAUGGAUGGAGGGCAGAUUGAUGGUCAGGAGAUCACUGCCACGGCUGUCCUGACUCCUCGGCCCAGGAUGCCUCUCAGGCGUUUCUCCCCUCCGCGGAGGAUGUUGCCGCCACCACCCAUGUGGCGUCGUUCUCCACCUCGCAUGAGGAGAAGGUCCAGGUCUCCCAGGCGCAGAUCCCCGGUUCGCAGACGGUCACGAUCCAGAUCUCCAGGCCGCAGGCGUCACCGCAGCCGAUCCAGUUCCAACUCUUCCCGAUAAAAUGUGGGACUUGGCAGCUUUUUGUUUUUUUCGUUGUUUUUUUUAAACUUAAAAGUGCAUUCAGUUUAAAAAUUGUACCUUUGAAAAAUAAAAGAGGAAUGAAAAUGAAACGAAGGGACCUAGCCUAGUGUCUUGGGCCCAGCAGGGUGAACUGUGGACUUUUGUUGGACUUAAAGUCCUUUUUAAAGGGAGCUUUGGUUUGCAAGUUCUCAACAAGAAACAUUGUUCUUUAGACAUGAUACUGUCCUCUUAAGUCCAGUGAAGUCUCUUGUUUUUAGGAUAUGUCAAAAAUAAACUUAUACUGUUGGAAGUAAGAAAUGGCAGGCUGCAAGAAAACCCUAAGCAAAUUUAUAUACGGACUGGUUCCUCUCCCCCCCCCCCCGCCACCCUCAGCUCUUAGGGAUGUUGGCACACAGAAACGCUUUCUCGUAUUCCUUGCUGCUGGUGCAUUUAACCAGCAAGAGAACUGGGGGGCUAGGACUAGUGUUCUUUUUAAGGCAUCCCUUCCUUUACUAAAAUGUUUUUGGUGCAUUGUUCACAUGACCUGUCCUUGCCAAGACCGAUGUAAAUGCUUUCGCUUUUAGAAGAUGUGAAACAAAUAGGCAGAAAAGCUAUUUCUCUUGCCACCUUCCUCCUGGGGUGGAAGGUGAUGAUUCUGAGACCAUUUGGGAUAACUAGUGUUCAUUUUGCAAAAGGCCAAGAGAAUUGCAACCUAUUGUACAGUCAUUACUAUAAAGUUUGAUUUUUGUAUACCUUUAGCAUCUUGUAGUCAUGUUGUUGGUACUUGUGUGGAAUGGCAAGACUGAAUAAACCAAUAAGGUUUGGAAUAAAUGUGUAUGGAUUCUUUUGU